AUGUCGAAUGGACACGAUGCAUCAGCAUCAUCUGUGCAGAGAGAUCGGAAUAGGAGUAAUGACAAUAGAGUAGAGCCAAGGUUCUUUGGACAUCCGUCUAUUUACCAGAAUGCUGCGGCCAGUUCUCAAAAGAAAGAUAUCAAUGAACCAACAGAAAACCCUUACUGGGCAAAUCCGCCUCCUCCAUAUUCGCCUCCACCAAAUGAACCUGAAUCAUCCAAUUCUUCUGUUGCUAUGGAUCCAAGUGCACCGCCAUUAGAAUUGCCAUUUUCAUCUCCUAUACAGCAUGCGACGCCUCAAACCCAGGCACCGUCUUCUCACAUCACAUCGCCAUCUACUCCUACGUCUAGCCAUUAUCCGUCAUUGAGCUAUCAGAAUCCUCAGCAUUCACCCGCUCUUCAAGGCUAUGGUCAAUACGGUACUGUCAAUCAGCCCCAGCGCCCCUAUACAAAUGCAAACAGUUCCACAUCAGACGCAAAUCUUCCCAUUGUAAACAGCUGGCCUUGGAUCGCUCCGCCAAGCAGUGGCCGUGGAACAGGAUCACCACAACCGCCUUUGGUAGGAUAUCCCUUACCUCCAUCACCACAAUCGCCAUUGCAACAACAACAGCAACACCAGCCGUACUACUACAAUCCAUCCAAAAAGCAAAAGUCUUGCUUUGAGAUGUGUCUGAAAUACGUAUUCUACUUUUUCUGCAUUUGCCUUGUUAUCCGAUUGAUCAGCUUACUGUCUGGCAGUGUCAAUUAUGCUGAUUCAUGCUCACAUGGAUUCCUCUGGAGAUCGCUUCCAGACAGAUUCACAUUCAACAACCAUGGUCUAAAGAUUCGUGUAGUAGGCGGUAGUCUCUCUAGUGGACACAUCCUUAUAAAACGAGUCGAAAAUGACAGCGGCGUGGACAAAGCUACAACUGGCGUUGUCACGACGACAGCUCUUGUCUCUCCCGCAAGCCUCGCUGACAACCCGGAUCUAACCUACAGCUUGACUCAUUUGGACAAUGGAAGCACUUCACUGGAAAUCUAUAUCCCUCAUGAUCUAUCCCCGCGUGCCUGUGUUAGCCUCAAUGCUGUCAUUUACGUCCCAGAUACCCUCGAAUUCAUUGCGUUGGAGGUGCAAAACACGCACAUUGAAACUUCCAAUGAAGUCAUGUAUAUUGAAGCUGCAUCUCUGGUCACUACCAACGCAGCCUUUGAAUUUGAUCCAAAAUGGGUGGGUAAAGUGAUAGAACUGAAAACUUCAAACGCGCACGUCGAGGUUAAUCAACCGAUCGGUAAUGCGGAGGCCAUCGUCAUAUACACUACAAAUGGAGGCGUCCGAUUUAGACAACCUGUUACCAACAUAACGGAUCUUGUUACUGUAAAGACCAGUAAUGCUGGUAUUGACUUUGAUGCGCCAAUGGAGGCUCUGCAAGUCCAGCUGAUAACCACGAAUGGCCAUAUCAAUUUGGAUAGUCUUGAUGCCAGUCGUGCAGAGCUCAAAUCCACCAAUAACCGUAUUGAGUUGAAUCGUGCUAAUAUAUCCGUUGCAAUGAAUGCACAGACAAGCAAUGGUGCUGUGAACAUACGUUUGACGGGAAAUAAUCAUGCUGAAUUAGUUGCUCGAACUACCAACAGCCAAAUUGAUGUGAUCUUGCCUGCCGAACAUGAGGGUCGCUUUGAAGUUGAAACUAGUAGAAACAACAAGAUUGAAUUUAUUGAUCCUCUGGGCUGGUCUCAGCUGAUGCACGACAGAGGCUAUGUUGUAGGUACUCGAUACAAUCCCAAAAAUGGUAGAAAGCCAGACGGAGGUCAUUUCCAAGCUAAAACCUCUAAUGCCGAUAUCCAUGUACACUAUGCAAAUCCUGAUGUUUGA